AGCUGGGAAAACUACUCUGCAAGGCUCACACCGUCCCUUUCUGUCGGAGUCCCAGCCCGUUGACCGAGAAGCUCUGUACCUGCCUUUCAUGUCGUGGGCCAGCUUGAUAUUGUCCCCAAUAAUAUUUGUCGAGGAGUCUGACAACAUGGCAAACCUGUCGGGUCCAUAUUUUCUGCACGGGAACGCGAUCCUGUUCGCCUUUGCGUUGCUCAUGUGGUGCUGCCCCACCACGCAGGUCACACUGAAUCGGGACCGUGGGGUUGUGGCGGUGGACGAUCCCCUGGCCGACGGCGUCCGAUCUGAUGGCCACUCGAGCUCGUCGCUGGUGUCGAGAGUUGGAGCUUCGAUCACGCCGCCGUCGGUUGUUGCGUACCCUCAACAGCAAGUACACGACCGGGGGUCGGUGUCGGGUGGGACACACUCUUCGGGGAAUGAGGUCCCGGACGGAGUAGAUAAUGCCAAGCAUGUUAGCUCGACGAAAUCCCCUUUGGCGGGAGGUGUGAGACCAUCCACACGAGUAAAUAUGGAGAAACACUUGGUAUCGGGUUCCAGGGAAGGAGGUGGGGAGAAGCGGACCGGAGACGCAUUACAUAGCCCUGUAUCAGGAGUUGUAGGAAGCAGCAGUGAAGAAAGGGGGAAAGGUGACGAAGAGGUCUCACUAAGACGACCUUCGGAGACCCUCGGAGUUGGAGGAGGCAAUGAAAUGGAUGUUAAUGGAGACAUACUAGAAGAAGAAAGUCCUGAACCAACAAAAAGAAUGCUAAACGACUCGCCCACAUCAGGAGGAGACGACAUCGACUCGGAGGGGGUGAAUGACGUCCCUAAGCAGACGACGUGCGAGAAAUGCAAGAAACAGCAGGACGAAGACCUUCUGGAGGAAUACGACCCGAACGCCAUGAUGCAACUCCGAAUCGAAUCCAUCAAACGCCGCAUCCUUGAUAAACUCCGGAUGGAGUACGACUCAUCGGAAGAUUAUUACGGAAAGACGACGAGGGUUAUUAUUACUACAAAAGCAGAGGCCCCACCAUGUCCUAUAACGUCUGUGGCGUCAUCGUGUUUCGAGUUCGAUGUAUCGGGAGUGGUCAGAUCAAGAAUAGCGACAGCAGAGCUCUGGUUGUACUGGAACGGUGAAAAUUCAUCCGGCUCUUCCACAAAUCAAACCUUGACCAUCUCCCAGAUAUCAGGACAUGGGUUGAGAACUAGUAGACACAUUAUGAAUCACCAUGUCCCAGCAUCGCAACCCGCAGGGUGGUUCACAGUCGAUAUCAAACACACCGUCCGUAGAUGGCGCUCUCAUUCGCACCAUGAUCAGGUGGUGAAGAUCACGUGUCCGACCUGCGAAUCAAACGCCAUUUUACCUUUCGCGGUCGAAGACAGCUACAGGCCAUUUAUCGUCGUACGCGUCGCGGAGGAAACGACAACGCGGAAGCGACGGAAUGUCAACUGCUACGCGCGCACCACGGAUUGUUGCCGUCAAAUAUUCCGCGUGCAUUUCCUUGACCUAGGGUGGGACUGGGUGAUCUCCCCGCGUGGUUUUGACGCGAAUUACUGCCGGGGGUCAUGCUCAAACUUUAACAGCCCGUCACUGACGCACACGAGCAUCAUGCACACGGCGAGAGAGAAAAACCCUAAUUUCAACAUUCCAAGACCUUGUUGUACGCCUAGGAGCACGGGCACCCUCUCUAUGAUCUACAUCAAUGAGGACGGUCAAUUCUACACUGUGGACAUGCCGGAAAUGAGGAUCUUGAGUUGUGGGUGUUCGUGA